AUGAGGCCCUACUCGUCACAAACAGAGAAAAAGUACAUUUCCUUUAACAUAUUUAUUUUAGUUAACAAAGUCAAAAAUGUAAAGAUAUCUAAAGAAGCCACACAUCUAUAUUCAAGAAAAAUCCAUUUAUUGGCCGGUAACAACAGUAUGACGACAAACAGCAAAUUUGCGCUCCCAGUGAGCAGUGAUGAUAACAUGAGUGUAUUCUCAGUCAUUUAUAGAUUUUUCAAAAAGGUUGCAAUUGUGGGCGCAGUGUACUUAAUUGGUUAUAUGCAAUGGAGCGUCGCCUGGUUGAUCGGUCCUGUGAUAUUAUCAGUGAUGAGAGACCAAUGGCGAAAAGAAAGCGAAUAUCGACGUAAUCUCGCCAAAACUGCUGCUACGUCUUCCGAGAAAGAUAUCAUUCUCGCGCGACUCGAUGAUCUCCCAGCUUGGGUAUUCUUUCCUGAUGUAGAGAGAGCAGAAUGGCUGAACAGAAUUCUGCUACAAGUUUGGCCCAACGUAAAUCAUUAUGCGAGAACACUCUUGAAGGAAUCUAUAGAGCCGGCUGUGGCUGAGAGUUUAUCUAAUUUAAAACUAAAUGGUUUUAAAUUCGAGAGGAUGAUACUCGGUACUAUUGCGCCGCGCGUCGGAGGCGUCAAAGUAUACGAUAAGAACCUUUCUAGAGAUGAAAUCAUCAUGGAUAUUGACUUAUUUUAUGCUGGCGACUGCGAUAUCUCAUUUGUCCUCCAGCGCAUUCGUGGAGGCAUUAAGGACCUUCAGAUCCACGGAAUGAUGCGCGUGGUGAUGAAGCCCCUGAUCACCAAGAUGCCGCUGGUGGGCGGCCUGCAGGUGUUCUUCCUCAACAAUCCGUCCAUUGACUUCAACCUCGUGGGCGCCGCCGAUGUCCUCGACAUGCCUGGCUUUAGUGAUAUACUGCGUAGAUGUAUUGUAGAACAAAUAGCGAAAAUGAUGGUGCUCCCGAACAAGCUGCCUAUUAAAUUAAGUGAUGAAAUCCCUACUGUAGACCUGCGCAUGCCUGAACCAGAAGGUGUCCUUCGAAUUCACCUAGUACAAGCUCAGAAUCUAAUGAAAAAAGAUAUUUCUAUGCUGGGCAAGGGUAAGUCUGAUCCUUACGCCAUCAUUACUGUAGGCGCCCAGCAGUGGAAGACCAAGCACAUCGACAACAACAUCAACCCGCGUUGGGAGUAUUGGUGUGAGGCGCGUAUAAUGCAAACGUUGGGGCAAACGUUGGAUGUUGAAGUAUUCGACAAGGAUGAAGGCAACGAUGACGACAAGCUGGGCAGGUGUUCUUUGGACAUCUCUCAAGUUGUGCGCGCGGGUCGCUUAGAUACGUGGCAAACACUUCAGCAAGCUAAAUCUGGGAAAGUACAUUUACGUUUGUCUUGGCAUCGCUUAUCCACUGACCUCAUGGAUCUCAGCCAUGCCCUCACUGAAACUCAACUGGUGAAAAACGCAGAGCUCAGUUCGGCGGUGGUCUCCGUGUAUAUUGAUUCGUGCAAGAAUUUACCUAACGCGCGCGCGCAGUCGCGGCCCGACCCCUACCUCACGGUGACGCUCGGCAAGAAGACUGAGAACACCGCGGUGCAGAUGCGCACCGACAGCCCCGUGUAUGAGAUCGGGUACUCCUUCCUCGUGCAGAACCCUGAGAUCGAUGUGCUCGAGAUAAAGGUUAUAGAUCAAAAGACAGGCAACCAGCUCGGACAGCUGAGCUAUGCGAUAUCGGGGCUGUUGAAACAAAACAGUCUCACUAUGCUGAACCAGCCAAUGAACCUACAGAAAUCUGGACCAGAGUCUAAGAUUAUUCUGGCGCUACAAUUAAAGAUCCUUAAAGAGGCAGUAAAGGAGGAAGACAUAGACGAUGAGACAGUGUCUCUAGCGCCCAGCGAGCCCGAGCGCGCGCCCCCGGCGCCCGUGGAGCCGCCCUCCGAAGCUAUUGACGGACUUUCUAUUCCACCAGUUAUAGAACCAAUAAAACCACCUUCGAACGCAGAACUCAAAGACAUUCAGGACGCACUUCCAAAUGUAGAUAACAAGUCUGAAAACUCCAUUCCUGUUGAACAAAUCAUUAAGGAAGUUGAUGUACCUCCCGAGAGUCAGCCCGAACGUGAUUCUCCUAAAUUGAUUCACAGAACUUCUUCAUUGACUACAUCUGCAGGUGAAGCGGGCCUGGGACGCAUUUUACUGUCUCUUCGCUACAGCAUGCAAAAUCAAAUUCUUUAUGUUGUGGUACAUAAAAUCAUGAACAUACCUCUAAAGGACCCAGCCAAUGUGCCCGACCCUUAUGUAAAAUUGUACUUAUUGCCUGGACGCUCUAAAGACUCCAAACGCAAGACGCUUGUUGUGAAAGACAACUGCAUGCCAGAGUACGACGAGCAGUUUGAGUGGGGGAUCCCCCUCGCCGAGCUGCACUCGCGCCAACUGGAAGUCACCGUCGCCACACACAAGGGCUUCCUCGGUGGGAGCCCCGUUAUUGGUCAGGUAAUAGUGCAUCUCAACCAGUACGACUUCCGUGAAGCUAAGACCAUGUGGUUUGAUCUUUUGCCUGAAACUUCUCCAAAAGAA